AUGCUUAUUUACAUGCAGCAAAUGAAUUCAGAGGAGCUGUCAUCCAAGUCACUCAAACAACUCAAAUUCUACAUCCAAGCGUAUAAUCUCGCCGCCAAACAUGCUAUUGAAAAAGAUGAUCUCGUCCGCAUUAUUCUCAAUACUCGUCCUAUUUCCAAUGAGAGCGAAGUUUAUUAUCGAGCCAACAAAUCGCGACUCGCCGAUAAACGACCCGUAUCGAAUAACAAUGACAUGAAACCGUCUGACGACCAAGAAUUCUCGUUUUCCAAUAUAUUCCAAGAUAUUUUUGGUGGCGGUCAGUCUCCGUCACCUCAGCCCACUUCCAUACCUGGGCAAUCCAUGUUUCAAGACCUCUUUGGUCAACCUUCGCCAUCCGCAGCAAAUACACCCAGGACAACCCCGUCACGAUCACAACCACGGCCUCCCAACCCAUCGCCACAGCAACCACCCUCUUGGCAGCAAACGUAUUCCCAUUCGCAUACACGGCCUCCUCCGCCCACAGCCCAAUAUCGUUCCAAUUCCCGGCCAACCUAUCAAUCAGCUCCACGACAACCACAACAGCCAAGAUACCCGCAAACAGCUCGUCCACCUACUACUCCUUCUACGCCUGCUAAUAAUGCUUCGGUACCACCGUCCGGUCCGGCCCAUAGACCUCCACCUCCACGUGCGGCGGCCGAAAACAAUACGAUUUCAUUGGAUGAUCUGAUCAGGAGCAAGAUUGAUCCUUCGUCUUUAUCCGUUCGAACCCUGAAAGCCAUCUUGCGUGCGAACUUUGUUGAGCAGUCACACGUAUUGGAAAAAUCCGAACUGGUCACAAGAGUACAACGAUUAGCAAAUGAAAGAAAAGAGGAAUUGAAGGCUUCAGACAGCUCGGUCAACGAAGACAGUCAAUGUAGAAUAUGUAUGGAUGCACAACAAAAUUGUGUGUUUCUCGAUUGCGGGCAUAUGGUCACUUGCAUGAGUUGCGGCAAAAAGUUGAUAGAGACCAAAAAUGAAUGCCCGAUUUGCCGAGAACCCAUCCUCAAGCUGAUCCAUGUUUUCCGAUCCUAG